AUGGACAAGAAUCCAAAGAAAACUCUACGAAAGAUCAAGUACGCUCCGAAAAUUCCAAAGACGAAGCCCAGACCUCAACCAACCAAAAUCGAAGAGCGUGUUGAAGAAGAUGAACAAAAGAGUGGUGAAAUUCAAGCUACUAUCCGUCGUUUGCAGGACAAUAUUGCAGGACGCCAAUCUAAAGCUGGAAAACAAUCCAGUGUGCAAGAUGCAUUUCCUGGAAGUUCAUCACUAUCUCCGAGAAUACUUCGCAGUGGUAGUAAAAGAAGUGGCUUAGAAUCGAAUUUUUCUGCUAAUGAGAAAAAUGGUUCAACAUAUUCUUCAACUGCAAUCAAGGAUUUCUAUACUUCUGCGAUAGAUGCCGCUGAUGAUUCCACCGAUGAAGAAGACUACAAGGAACUAUGGAAUCAUCCUGACUCGAUCUAUCCUGUUACUCUUCCUCUGAGGAAACCCAAUUCUGGAAAUCCAGCAAUUCUUGAUGAGGAGGAAUUUGGGGAGGCUGCUACUAAUGUGGAAUAUGACGAUAAACCUCUUAACUCUGCUGAAGAACUCGGGCUGUUGGACAACAGUGAGCAACCAAAGAUGAUUGUCUUUCAGCUUCCAACUGUACUGCCUGGUAUCAAGCAACCGGUGAGCAGGAAGGGGAAGGAGAAAAUGGAUACGUCAAAAGCAGCAAAGCCGAAAAAGGGGAGUAACUUGUCACAACUUCCGAGUGGAUUUAUGGGCAAAAUGCAGGUGUAUAAGAGUGGAGCAGUAAAAUUAAAAAUCGGAGAAACCCAGUAUGAUGUGUCUGCAGGUACAAAAACUAUAUUUUAUCAAGAUGUUGUUGCAAUUAACAAGGCAAAGAAAGACUACUCAGCACUCGGGGCGGUUACAGUUAACACAAAGGCGGUUGUAACUCCUGAUCUUGAUUCCAUUGAUUUGUUAAAAGACUAA